CUUCGACUCUAGAAGAUAAUGGUGCUUUUAGAAGGAUUAAGGGUUCUACUUUGUGUAAGCGUUUGUCUUGUAUUGACCACACUAACCUAUGGAAAGAAGAAGGGUAGUGAUAAUGACGCCAUUGUGACGCCAGAGAUUAUUCACACAGAACACGGCGAACCAACUCACAACGGUCAGGUGAAAGGCUUUGCUAAGCAUGCGCAGACAUACAUCAAGGAUGAACGAAGAAUAAAGUACAACGAGAAGUCACCAGAUAUUAAAAAGAAAGAGCCAAAGGAAAGAAAAUCGAAAUUUAAGAAAGCGCCCAAGCUCCCUAAAGGCCAUCGCAGUAAGCGAACAGCAAUAAAUGAAUACAUGGAUAUAUGGAACAAAUGCAUCAUACCGUAUACAAUCGAGUCAAGCGUGACAGACGUACAAGGAAUUGAAAAUAUCCUUGCAAUGAUCCAUUCAAUUAGUGGCUUCCGGUUUGUUGACUACACGGGCGAUAACAGUGCUUAUGACCUUCCACACGGCAGCUAUAUGACCUUCCGUUAUUCGGACGGUUACUCAGCAGGCUAUGGUAGAAAUCCGUCACAUGAUCAACAUUAUGUAUCACUCGGUGGGAGCGACUUUUUGGCAGGCCUGCACGAGAUCUUCCACGCGCUAGGUCUCCAGCACGAACACCAAUACGUGUCCCACCUCGGUUGGGAAUGGAACUACUUGGAUCAUGCUGUUGAUAGUAAUAAACAUGGUUUUACCCUGCGUUUCGGAAGUCAAGCACUGGACACGAGCGAAGCGGACCCCUCAGUCUUUGAUCCGUUUUCUCUCAUGCAUUAUUAUCCUAGUAUAUUCAACAAGGAUUAUCGACAGACAAUCCAAAUGAACGACGAGUUUUCUGAAUAUUUGAUGAGACAGUCGGGCGUUGUCUACCCUCUCCAUGACCUGCAAGUCCGUCAUGGAUGUUUCGCGGAAUUCGCCAGCUGCUCCAGCCUCCCCACGUGUCACAAUGGCGGUGUGGUAUCAGUUAUUGAAGGCGCAUGCGCAUGUCUGUGUCCAGAAGGCCUUGACCCCGCCGAUAAUUGUAACAGCGAGUUCACAGUCACUAGCACAAGCAUGCCGUCGGGGCCAUACAGUCUACCCAAGUCCAGUGAAACGGACUGCCCUACGUCAGCGCCAUCUACUGGUCAGACCGUUCAGACGCAAUACACGGCUGUAGGGCGUUUAAAUUGGAGGGAUUCGCCUGGUUACGAAUGGAACGACCUAAAGAUAGACACAUGUACAAAUACUCAGACUUCCGGUUCCGGCAAUUGGCCUCCAGGGAGCUACUGUAUCAGGCGAUAUGGCGGUGUUUGUCCAAAUGGUUUUGUGGAAGGUAAUGUUACUCUUACCGGUAAAAGCACUGAAGCUAGUACGGGAACUGUGCCGGAUGGCCGCCAUGGUUUAAUCACCGAUUACAUAUUCUGUUGCCGACGAGAUGGCGUUGAACAUCGCGAGAUAACGGGGUUCUCAUCUCAGGAAGCGUUUAUUCUCUACCCGAUCGGUUGGUCGUGCCAAGCUAUAGCAAACAUGCACGCGGAACUGUAUGCGUGGGUCUGGCAGAAUGACCCGUCGGUCGCCAUCCCAAAGAGCGGAUUUACACCAAAAAUUUACCAUUACUCCGCAAGCUCUCUCAGCAUGUACUAUUGUGUCUAUUUGCCAUUGAAUAAAGACAGUGCCGUGUGCGGGGAACAGCGCGCCCUUGCGGCGUCUGACGUUGUCACGUUCACUAGCCCCAACUUCCCUGCUGAUUUUCCCACCGCCACCAUCUGCUACUGGCGUUUCACGAGCCCUUCAGGCACCACCAUUCAGCUUGACUUCACAGAGUUUGACAUUAUUCCCCAAUCUGAGAGCGAGUGUUCCAGCUAUGUGGAGGUGAACAACUGGUAUGAACAGUACCCUGGCUACCGAAUGUGUGGCUCAAAAAUGGAAAAGACUUGGACCUCUCAGAAGAACUUUAUGAUGGUUAAAUUCGUCGGAGCAUACGAUGCUACUUCAAAGGGUUUUAAUGCUACUGUGCGAGUUAUUGAAGAUUCUGAUAUGUGCUUCACGCCCAGCGGUCCAAAGCAGCAAUACGCGGGAACCGUUAAUUACGGGACAACCAUGGACCCUUGUCUUCCGUGGGACGAAGUGGUCAACUGUCCCUUUAACGUGUUUGACGAAAGGACUGCCACCGAGGAUCUCACCGGACAUAACAACUGUCGUCAAGUUGGUCCUGCACGAACACAUUGGUGUUACAAGGAUAAAGAAGUGUGCCGGAAGCAAGUAUGUGACGUCUGUCAGCUGGGCAACUGCUGGGACUUGUUUGACGACUGCGCCACCCUUAUCGCCGCCGACAGUUCGUACUGUUCUACCAACCUGAAUGGAGAAGCGGCAAGAGGGUGCCGGCUGUCAUGUGGUUUAUGUCAAUCCACCAGACUCUCGGCAUCAACGGUGACCUGUACCACCCCUUCAGACGUUCAAGGGAUUGCACCGUCUGUGAUCAAGUCAACGUACAACGUCGGGGAAAAAGUGACGUAUACAUGUUACCUGAACGGCAUUGUGCAGACGCGAACGUGUACGUCUGAGGGAACGUGGACUUCGUUGACUGAAGUGUGUGACGCAUGUCCGGCAGGAUGGACAGUUUACAACCGGCAGUGCUACAUGUAUAUCCCAGGGCUCAUGAACAUCACGCAUGCGCGGAACCAGUGUUCGAAUUUACUUCCUGGGGCAAAUGUCAACCUUGUCCGAAUAGACUCAUCAGCCGAUGAAACGUUCUUUAACAGAUUGAUCAACUAUCAGGAGGGAGAUGAAGCAGAGUUUUUCCUUGGAAUGAGCAAUCCUAGCGGGGACAAUAAUUGGGUUUGGGAUGAUGGUCUGGCUGCUUCCUACACCAACUGGUGCUCCGGAUUUCCAUGGUCCGGUCAUGACUGCGCCUAUUACUAUUGGGAUGGAACGUGGGUGACGGAAUACUGCGACUCUGCGGAGAGAGCCGUCAUCUGUCAGCUCAAUAUUCCUGACGUAGACUCGGCCUGUUCAUGUGUUGACACGAGGGACGAUUGUAUACAGACCAUUGAGAAACACCCUGACAUGUGUACCACACAGAAGGGAAGCUACGCCUGGCAGAACUGUCGACUUGCAUGUGGAGUUGAAGUAUGUAAAGAUACGGCAAACGUAUGCACGGACGAUGCCAGCCUCGGGUCAACCGGUAGUAGAGUAGUUGGCGGGGCAACAAUUGCUCAUGGGGAGUACCUUGGGUAUCAGUGUAGCUCUGGCUAUACGUUGACGUCUGGCAGCCUCAAGAGGGCGUGUCUGAGAGACGGGACGCUGACAGGCACAGCUCCUACGUGUUUAGCAAUCAACACUCUGAGCAGCUACGCAGUAAACACGGACAUUGUAAUGAGAGACAGGGAAUCUGGAGGCUAUAAUAAUCGUAUUGUGAUUGCCGACAACGACUACAUGAAGACUCCCACUGCAGGGAAAAUUACGUCUGUCACCUUUUAUAGCACUAGCCCUGGCCAGGUAGCGUUCGUGAUACUGAGAAACAGUGGAUCCACAUUCGAAGUAGUCGGCAAGAUAGAAACCCAGGCGGAAGAAGAGAGGAUCACCCGGUACAAUGUUCCUGUGGCUGACCAGGUGACCGUUCAACAGAACGAUUAUAUUGGCAUCUACCGCUCUGACAACCAGAUCCUAUCCUCUCAUUGCAGCGAUCAGCCGGAGCAUUCUAACUGGAAAGCAUCGGAUGGUUAUUUCAAUGACGUCAAUGCCGAUGUGACGGUUGGUGCCAGCCUAUCCUUUAGCAAUGCCUACGACAGCUGUCAGAUUUAUUCUCUCCGCUACGAGAUGGACCCGGCCUAAGCCUACAAAAAGAUAGAACUGCCCCCAUUUCUCGAAACAAUUUAAGCCCAACUUGACAGGAUCAAGGAAACCUCACUAUUUGUGUUUUCUAUUAUUUCUGUAAUGUUAACAUUCUUAAGAGUUUGAGUACUUUAGAAGGAAAUAAUGAUUUUUUUAAUCACGAAAACCUUUUUGGUUUAGAUGAAUUAAAAUAAAAUAAAAAGUUCUACUUAAUGAAAUAUGCUUCUUAUGUUUGUAAGCUUAAACACUUUCGAGAAAUUGGGAUCGAAACGUGUCGUUGCAAACAUAGUAUUGCAGAUAUACAAAACAAAGACUUGAGACAUAAGCUGUAAAAUGUAUCAAAUUUUGAUAAGUUGUCUAUUAGUUGUUUUUAGUCUAGUUUGCAUAUGUCAAUAUUAGGACUGAUAAGUAAUCAUAAGUGGAUGGAUAUUGAUCUAUCAAUAAACAUUUUGGCUGACUUUUAUCAAACCAAAAAUUUAACAAGUUUUUUUUACAAUUUGCUGCAGUAGAUUCAACUACUGAGCUGGUCCCUGUGGUUUAAACACUUGCAAAAAAUAAUACAUAUAAGGUAUAUUUUCAGCGUGAUUUACAAAUCUUUAAAAAGUCUUAAUGCAUACAAGGAAUACUGCUAAAACAUCAUCGAAUAUCACUCUAAUACCACCUUUGUAUGCAUUUUUAAGCCAGCAAACAGAAAUAGGUCUUGCAAUAAAUGUGACGUAAUAUGGAAAUAUGACGUCAUAGUUUCCUGUGACAAAAAAACCCAACAUAUUUGAUGUGAUGCCCCAAACUGUUUACGACCAAUUUCGGCUUGCUGUGGUUGUGCUGCUAAUACUUGCAAAUGAAUGACGGACAUAGCAUGGUUCUAAUAAAAAAGACAAUAUUACAAAACAACAUUUUUCCAACCUUAUGCCUGCUAUAUUUGCAAUGAUGCAACUACGAUGAUUAAUGAAGCAGUUUUCUCCCAACAUGGACUAUGAGACACAACAACGCCCUUACAAAGGGACGUUGAUUUAUAUGUUGUUUUAUAAAUACGAUUUAUUUCCAGACACGAAUGUACAUGAACAGAAUAAACUAUGUUGCAUUG